AUGUCAGAUGGAAAAGGAUCUCUGCGUACGGACCCCUCUACGAGCACUGAUGGUCAUGUCUCAUCAGAGACGAACCAAACGCACUCACCCGAAGCAGCUUCUUCUCCUCUCAGCUCCUCUCUUAGCGAUGAUUCACUUGAGGACAGAAUCAACCGGGACCUUUGUAAGACCGAGGACGACAAAGAGUUUCUACCAGCCGACAUUAUCGAUACCUUGACAUCUAGGAGUAUUGUCGAGGAAGAGCUCGAGGCGUAUGUGGCAAGUGAUCAACUAUCAUCCCUCGUAGCCUACGUCACGAACCCGAAUCAACCUGCUAGGCGGCUAUUUCUUACUCUGGUUGUUUGCGAUGAUCUGAAGCGACUUCAAGAUCUAGCCGAUGCUCCUCAAAAGUUUCAUGACGACGACUUGCCCGUUAAGGUCGUGAAGAACCCUAAUACGACUGGGUACUGUAUGGAGAGCAUCGGAGGCGGCAAAAUGUGGCCUUUAUUCGCAAGUCGCCGGAAGGCCACUCUUGACAGUUUCUUUCACAGUCAAUGGCAAUUUCUUGCGCCAGUCUUCACUGCCAAUUCCUUUCGUCACAAUCUUCACUCUAGUUGUCCUCUUCCUUUUAUCAUAAAGAUCAACCACCAAAAGGCGGGGUUUUUCAGUUCCGUGUUUGAAGUGGUGAUUCAUGAUGCACAUCAGAAGGUCCUGCCGAUGAUUACAGGAAAGAAGAUUCGUGUCGCUUCAAAGGAAAUGAGAAUUGGGAUGGAUUCUUACUAUGAGAAAGAGGCGGAUAUUCUGGAGACCAUACGCAAUGUCGACAACCCUCAUCUCAUUAAGCCCUUGGCGGCAUAUCGAAGAGGUGAUCUCAGGGGCUUUCUUUUCCCUUGGGGGGAGGGUGGCAACCUGAAAGAAUUCUGGAGCUCCCAAGAAAAAUUGCGACCUGUGCCCGUCAGGGACCCUCAUCUUGUUCUUUGGGUUCUACGGCAACUGCAGGGAAUCUGCGGAUCCAUCAGUGCCUUGCACGAAAGGAACUGCCGACACGGAGAUCUGAAGCCCGAGAAUAUUCUUCAUUUCCUUGAGACUGACGGCAAGGGUGUUCUCAGAGUCGCCGAUGUAGGGCUCGCUAGAUUCCAUCUCGAGGCUACGAGAGAUCGAAACCAGCCGACGAAUACCAUGACCGGCACUGUCCGUUAUGAGCCUCCGGAGUUCGGGCUUACUGAGCAGAUCUCCCGACUCUACGAUGUGUGGUCACUGGGCUGCGUCUUUCUUGAGUUUCUCAUCUGGGUGCUCUAUGGGAACAGCAAACUGAAGGCCUUCAACAGGGCCAGUAUCGAAGAGAAAUUCUGGAGCAAAGAUGAUGAAGGCUACCAUCAGCAUCGCGAGGUCAAGGGGUGGAUUUCUCGCAUGUCGAAGGACCUUCUGCGAAGCGACAUUACAUCGAACACUGCGCUCAAAGACGUACUGGAGCUAAUUGACUUGAACAUGCUAGUACCUGAAGUCGAUGGUCGGACAAACUCUACAGACCUGUACGAAAGGCUGAGGAGUAUUUUUGAACAAGCUAAGGCACACGAAAAGUAUUUGCUGGAUUCUACUCUAUGGGAUCGCAUCAGCACUAGCGCAGUCCCCGCUGAACACAGGCGCUCUAAGCUGGAAGUUCCUGGUCAACGACCUCUCCCAGGUCGCGCAACAACAAGUCAAAACCUACAGCCUGCGCUUCUAGGGAUCGCACCAAACGUGCCCAUACCAGACACUCCUAUGAUUGUUGAACCCGUUGCUGAACUAAGCGAUGUCAACAUGCAAGUUCCGAUUCCGAAUGCUCAAGAACGCGUAAGCCUUAUCAGAAACUCCUGCUCUAGCCAUUUUGCUCCCGCUAAUUCUCAUCAGCAACUUGACAACUUCCGAGAUGUGUGGGAGUUGCAGAGUGAUAGCCAUUUCGCUAGUGAAUUCUAUCACAAAUCCGCAUCGCCCCUCCCGACCCCACAAGGUUCCACACUGUGCAGUAAUUGCAAGGGGUACAAUAUCUGGACGCCGAUGUUUCUUAUUUGUGAACGACUUAGAGAUCUCAAAUCCAGAUCUCAGGCUUGCGAGCUGUGCGCCAUCCUAGUUCGAAGUGCUGAAAUGCUUGGCAUAGAAGAUGGUGGUGAAUUGAAGUGUCGAAGAGAAGGCUCGUCGUUGAAGAUUGAUCCUGAUGGUCCCACCAUUUUGAGUCUUUAUGUCAGCCCAGCGACUGGCGGCUCUAUACCGCCACAUGCACAGAUCGGCUUUCCUACCCUACCGGAAACAGGCUCCCCUGAGCAAUAUGUUCUGCUGAACGAAUGGCUGCGCGUGUGUGACGAACAACACAGUCAUGGCGUCGAUGAUCGUACCGAGCUACCCACUCGCGUCCUUGAUGUUGGAACAGACCCGAAUUCUACUAUUCAUCUCUGCGAAGGGAAGUUUCUUCCACUCGAACGAUACACUGCCCUGAGCCACUGCUGGGGAGUGAAUUCUCAAGCUCAAGUUCGCACCCUGAAGGAGAAUAUCGAUGUCUUUCGCAAGCGGAUUGACUUCGGCAUUCUUCCAAAGAGUUUUCAAGACGCGGUCAAAAUCACGAGAGCGUUGGGACUACGCUACCUAUGGAUUGAUUCACUCUGCAUUGUACAGAACGAUAAGCAGGAUUGGGCCUAUGAGGCCACGCGCAUGGAGCAUGUCUUCAGCUCUGCUUAUGUCACUAUCGCAGCUACAGCAGCGUCUUCUUCGGCUGAAGGCUUCUUGCGACAGAAAGCAAAACAUCCAUUCGUAACAUUGGAGGGACCCGACAGUGGCUUUACCUUUGUGCGCAAGUCGAUUGACGACUUUCACCAAGAUGUCGAACAAGCUGUGCUCAACCAGCGCGGAUGGGUGUUACAAGAGAGGGCAUUAUCGCGCCGAACACUUCACUUCACAGCAUCUCAGGUGUAUUGGGAAUGCGGAAAGGGCGUUCAUUGUGAGACUUUAAUGAAGCUUUCUAACCGACAAGCUGCACUUCUCGGGGACUCCGAUUUCCCUAAAUCAGCCUUAGAGUACUUCAAGGGAGGCCGAAUUGUGACAUUCCAAACCCUCUAUCAGAUGUAUUCCCGGCUCGCAUUCACAGUACCGAGCGAUCGGUCCAUUGGAAUCAAGGGUCUAGAAGAGAGGCUGGUAAAGGACUUUGUUACCAAAGGAGGAUUUGGAAUUUUCGACGAAUACCUUCAACGAAGUCUCCUUUGGCAGAAAGCUCUUGAUGCGUCACUCGAUAGAAUCUCAUACCCUCCAGGUAGGCGAGUCCCCUCCUGGUCCUGGAUGGCAUAUCAAGGCCCGAUAGCCUAUCUAGAGGCUCCCUUCGAACAUAUCAACUGGACUAAAGAUAUUGUUACGCCUUUCAACACCGACAGCGGGAAGAAAACUCAUUGGGAAGUCUCCGAGGGCAGUGAGAUUCCUUUCCUUCGUGGCGUCGCGAGCCGUAUCAGCUUGGAUGCCAUCGAACUCCUCAAAAGAGUAAGAUUCGAUGAGUCAAAGCUGCAUACGAUAGAUCAGUUGAGAUGCAUUGUGAUUGGGAAGGAGAAGACAGAGGGUUUGACCCGGGAGCCAGAACAUUAUGUUCUUGUCAUUGCGAGGCUAUCUGAAGAACAAGGUGGUCGAUAUGAGCGCGUUGGCGUAGGAAGAUUACUGGCUGAGCACAUCCUACUGCGAGAGCCGCAGCUCAACGUUGAGGUGCAGUAG